GAUUUAAUUGAAAGAAGUAUGUCAUAUAAUGAACAAGCAACAAUACAUUAUUUCAUUGUAAACAUAAAGGCUGCAUUAAGGUAUAUACAUUUUUAUCAAUUCAUGCAUUCAAAUUGAAUUCUAGCACCAUGCUCUAUGUUUGAGCUACAGGAACAUUCUGUGGCAGGAAAGGUUUUGCUGUAGGUACAUGCCCAUUACCCAUGUGAUGAAAUAUACAUCUGUAAUCAUUUCAUCAAGUCUGUUGAUGGUCCUUAUCAGUAACGGCAAAUCAAUCUAUGGAUGUAUUGCAGGGUUUGCUGUCUGGUAUAAAACCAACAAUCUGUCAGCAACACUGAGAAGACAUAACAAGGUCAAGACUCGGCUUUUCCCAGUGCAUUAGCAGCUCAAAAAUGGGUAAGAACUGAAUAUGUGUAUUAUAUGACAUGUUUUUUAAACACCUCUCAGAGUGUAGUAAAUGUACAAAAUAUAUUUAAAAAUCUAAUCUAUAACUGCUAUGACAGCAUUGUAAUGUUAUACUGAAUUUCAUUUGGUCUUCUUUAUUAAAUAUGUUUGCAUUCUAUAUUGCAUCUAAAGACCAAUUCACACAACACCAACAGACGUCAACAGACACUUUGUCGGGUUCAGUGUCUUACCCCUGUCAGAGUCUGUUGGCGUCUGUCGGAGCUUGUUUUUGCAGAUUGAAUCGGUAUUAGAAUGUUUGAUAAGUGACGUGCUGUAAUUUGGUGACUGUCGCCGUUGGUCUGUUUCUGUCAGUGCAGUGUGGAUUGGUCUUUUUCCAUGAUUACACUGUAAGAACAUUAAAGGGAUAGUCCACCCUAAAAUGGAAUUGAAGUCAAGCUUUUUUAAAAAAGCUUGAUCCUGGUCGCUAUUUACUGCCAUUAUAUGGACGAGCACAAGAUAAAUUAUUAUUAUUAUUUUUUUAAUUCUCCAUUUGUGAUCAGAAAAAGGGCAUACAGCAUUAGAACAACACCAGGGUGAGUAAAUAAUGACUAAAUUUUCAUUUUAUGGUGAACUAUUCCUUUAAAAAGUCUUGAGUUUAGUACUGCUAAGUGCAUUUUUCAAUAUUUAGCAUGUUUUCAAAACUCAAUCAGUUAGCCAAUUUUGUGACCUCAUUGCUUUGAUUCACAAUUCACUAAUUUUUUACAAUUUGUUAUAUCUUCUCACUAAAAAUCAAGUGAUGAAGUGACUGAUUUCCACAUUAAUGACUGAUUGCCACAGUAAUGGCCACAUAAAGCGUGAGGACAAUGCCAAAAGUUGCCAAAAAUGUUUUGCCAAGACAAAAUAUUUCUUCAAAGAUGAAAUCAAACAGCAGAAAUGAUGUGAAGUCCUGUAGUUUAUAUAUAAUGGUUUAUAUCCUUCUGUCAGUUUAUGGAAAAACUGACAAACAAAAAAAGUUAUAUUUUAGGUUUUUAUAUCCAAAAUUUUAGAAAAAUGGGAUUUUGGUGUGUGAAACUGCAGGGAAAAAUUAUGUAGCCCAUGAAACACCACAAGGUUAAGAUGAUACAUCCAAAACAGACCCAAAAGCAGCCCUCACCUGUUUUCUCUCUCUUUUCUUUGAGUAGAUGCCACAAGUUUUGGACCUGAAAACUUUACCGGAGGCGCAACAGAUUAUACCACUAUGCAUCCUAUGGGAUCCUUAGGAUUUAGGAUCUUUUUAAUAUGCAUUUUCGCUGCCACCUUCAUAGUUGGUUUCAUUGGAAAUGGGCUUGUCAUAUUUCUGACUGGCUGUAGAAUGAAGACGACAGUCAACUCUAUUUGGUUUCUCAACUUGGCGAUUGCAGACUUCAUUUUCAUAUUAUCAAUAAUAAUAUUAAUAUUAAUAAUAACUUUUAUUGGCUACUUUUCAAACAUAAUGUACAUUUUCUACAUGACGACAACACUAAACCAGUUUGCUAUCAUUUUUUUUCUUGUGGUCAUCAGUCUGGACCGAUGUCUGUGCACAAGGAUGGUUGUUUGGUCUCAAAAUAACCGAACUGUACUGAGAGCCAGGAUCAUCUGCAUGAUUGUGUGGGUUUCAUCCAUUGGCUAUUGUAUCCCUUUCUUCACUGUGAAUGUGUUUCCUGCUAAAUUUCUGGGCACAUAUGUAUUUUUAUUGGGUUUUCUCAUCCCGUUCCUGAUCAUUGCAUCUUCACACAUUGCUGUUGGAGUGCGAAUCAAACGCCUCAAAAUGAGGAAGCAGCACAGGUCGCACCGGGUCAUUAUCGCUAUCAUCCUGACUUUUUUCAUAUGUUGCUUUCCAUACUCUGUUUGUGCAACAAUGAUUGGAAAUUCAGAAAUGGAAAACUGGAGUGCCAAUGAUAAAAAAGUAUUAAUAUUCAGUGCCGAUCUGGUUUUUCUAAACAGCUGUCUGAACCCCAUUCUCUCUGUGUUCAUGUGUGAUGAGUGUAAGAAGAAGCUGAAACAGUCUCUGCUGCUGGUGCUGGAGACAGCGUUUUCUGAAGAACAUCUGAUCUUUAGAGGAAGGCAGAUACAAAAGGACGAGCAGAACAAGAAAAACACCUUUGAAUUGUUAGAUAUGUAGAAAAACAGUCUCUACAUGAUUGUGACUACCAUAACUAUGUGAUUCUCACUAUCACAUCAGCCACUGUAGUCCGUAUCAAUGCUUUUAAAAGUGCCCCUAUUAUGGAUUUUUGAAAAUUACCUUUCAUGUAGUGUGUAACAUAGCUCUAAGUGAAUGAAAACAUCCUGCAAAGUUUUAAAUCUGAAAGUGCACCGUUACUGUCUCUCAAAAGUAAGAUUCGACUCUGAGUCAAUUAAACGAGUCAUUUGUAAAACGAAUCCCAUGACGUCACAACGAAACAUUAACAUAUUGUCCGCCCACUUAUUGCGUGCACAGGCAAAAAAUUAUUUUUUUCAACAAUACCACAGCAGUACAAUCUUUUGUUGUGUUGCUGUCAUUUUACUGACAACUGAUUCUCAAACCUUGGGGAGUUUAACGCAGGAUUCACAAAACGCUUGGUCUUGAUAUUUAGCAUGCUAGAUAUUUGUCUGGCGUCAGUGAGGUGUCGGCGACGCGUCAGUGAGCCUCUUUGAUGUUCACACAUUAAGAUUGGCGAGCGCCGGUCACGCUGUGAUUUUCCCCUGAUCACAGCCCGACCUGUCGGCGAGCUCGUUAACUUUCAAAUCAGGCUUAAAAUCCUGUAAUGUAAACUUGGCAUUACUAUAGAGAAACGUCCUACUCCAGUCGUGAUUGCGAAUCAGUUUCUGGUUGAUCGAUGCUAUCUUUUCUGUCCAUACAUUGUAUACAAUGUCUUGCGAAUUGAUAGCUGUCAUUCAGUUAUAGCAAUGGGCGCGCAGUAGACCAAUUACAAAGGAUUGGGCCAUCUGACCAAUCAGAGCAGUGUAGACUCACGGAAAGGAGGGGUUUAGAGUGACUGAUUCUUUUAACUGCUUCUAACAAAUCUUUUACAAAACAUUGAAAACUCAGGUGAAAUUAAAUGUAUAUUAUGACAAAAGUGUUUUUUGACCUUGCAUGCAUGUAGACCUGUUGUAGGAGACUCCCAAAACAAUAUUAGGAACCUUAAAAAAGGCAUAAUAGGGGCAGCAAUUUAAAAAACAGCAAUUUGGAUGGGAUUGUAUUAUGUUUCAGUUCUGUGCCUCAGUUUUCUUGUUUCUCAGUUUCUGUUAGUCUUUAUAGGUUACAAACUGUUUGAUUAAGUGGUCACAUGGUGUUUCAUGAUUCUUUGAUUGGUUUGUUCUGUCUAUUUAAGCCCUGUUUCUUUCAGUUCAUUGUCAGUUCUGCUUCACUUUGUUCAAGUUUGUUAUUCUGUGUUUCUUUUGUUAAUAAAAUAUAGACUGCUGCAUGUAGAUCCUUUUCUCCUCAUUGCAACCAAUUUGUGACAAUGGACCCUUUUCACAGACUGUGAUGACAUCACCAGCAUCAUAAGUUUUUUAUAUUUUCUUUUUUUUAUUAUUAUGUAUAUGUAUAACACUAUACUUUGUAUUAUAUUACCUUUGCAUCAAAUUACAAAAAAAUAGUUAAAUAGCUAAUACUGCAGUGAGAAUAUUUCUAAUACAAUGGCUGUGGAAGUGAUGGUAAAAUCGACAUAUUUCUCUUCUGAUAUCAGUUUCUCUAUAUUUUUUUUCCCUUUUUUUGAAAGUUGUGAAAACACUUGUGGCAUUUUUCUUUUGCUAUUUGAGCAAAUGGGAACACAAAUAUAUUUAAUGAAGUCUCUCAUUCAUCACUAUAGAAGUUUACCCAAAUAUGACGACUUCCACUUCUGAGAAACCCAGAAAUGUGAAAAGGGUCAAUGCUAUUUAGAUAUUUUAGAUUUUACAAUAAAAAACUAAAAAAAAAAGUGUUCGUUGUUAGUCGUCAACAGCACAGCAGCUCCAGGCAAUCAAAACCCAAUGUUACUCAAAUGAGAAGCGGGAUCAAAGCAGCCUCCGCGUCUGUUUUCAGGCCUUCCUGCUUAGCUCUCUCCAGCGCUGGAAAGCUUUUCUAAUAUAAGCGCGGGUCCUAAAGCGGUUGCCCAGUCAUAAACUUUCAGUGAUAUUCUUUUUAGCUCUUUUGUAUUGUGUCCCAUCUCUCGUUCUCGAUUUUCAAAUCUCCCUUUUGCUCAAGUUCAGGUCUCUCUCCUCGACCGUUGUACACCCCCUAAUGCUGAUUGGUUACAUGUUUGUUGUUGGUAUCGGCCCGACUAACUUCCAAACAGUGUAUUUGAAAUAAUACUGAGUCCACCUUUAAAUUCCCCAGACCUGCUCAUCUGAGAAUUAAUGUGUCACCAGACUCACAGUCACCACAUGUGGCAAUGUUACUCUACAACACCAGCUUUCCUUUAAUGGUUUACUGCAUAGAAAAUGGUGUGUGAAAUUACCUUGUUUUUGACAACAAAGUCCAGUUCCAGAUGUAAAAAACAUGUUCAUUUUCUUGAUAGAGAAACUGUUUUUUAAUAAUGUUUAAACAGACUUAACAUGACCAAGAUUUUUAAAAUGUUUUUGAAAGAAGUCUCUUAUGCUCACCAAGGCUGCAUUUAUUUAAUCAAAAAUACAGUAAAAUCAGUAAUAUUAUUACAAUUUAUUUAUUACAAAAAUAGCUGUUUUCUAUUGUAAUAUAUUUUAAUUUUAAAUUGCAAUUUAUUCCUAUGAUGUCAAAGCUGAAUUUUCAGCAUCAUUACUCCAGUCUUCAGUGUCACAUGAUCCUUCAGAAAUCAUUCUAAUAUGCUGAUUUGCUGCUCAAGAAACAUUUAUGAUUAUUAUUAAUGUUGAAAUCUGUUGUGCUGCUUCAUAUUUUUUUGGAACGCUCGAUACAUUUUUUCACUAUAAAUGUCUUUAAUGUCACUUUCAAGUUUAAUGUAUCCCUGCUAAAUAAAACAAUUUCUGGUAAAAAAAAAAAAAAAAAAAAAAAAAAGAAAAAAAAUUCUUACUGACCCCAAACUUUUGAACGGGUGUGUAUAUUGGAAAUUUUGGCAAUAAAUAUAUAGUAUUUCAUACUCCAAUCAAUUUUAGUCGUUAGUUGUACACUAUUGUUGCUUCCUGGGAUUAGUAGUUCAGAUCAGCCUCAUAAAAGAAUAUAUACAGUUUUGUUUUCCAAUUUUCGAAUAUUAUUUUGCUUCAAAUCAAAGGUUUAUUUAUAAUCAAAUGUAAUAUUGCCAAUAGAGAUUUC